CUCAGUGAGUGCAUGUCAUUUGCUUACGGCAUCACUCUCUCUCUCUCUCUCUCACUGUCAGGCUCUGCCUCACUCCAGCUCUCUUUCUUUCUUUCCUCUCCUCCAAAAGAAUUCCUCUCCUCCUCGUCUCUCUCCCACUUUUUCUAGACCGCCUCAGUCUUUUCCUGCACUUGCUCGAAGAAGCUCCAUCCUUGACCUGGAGAAGAUGUCCACAUCAGAGCGCAGGAGUGCACAGAGGUGGUUGAGAUGGAUCAAAUCAGCAGCUGCCUCUCUCUUUAUUCUUCUGGUGUGUUCGCAGGGAACGGCCGAGGGACGCAGAGUCACCAAAAUUCCUCGCUGUCCAGCGACCUGCUCUUGCACCAAAGACAGCGCCUUCUGCGUGGACACUAAAGCCAUCCCCAAGAGCUUCCCGCCUGGCAUCAUUUCACUGACGAUGGUGAACACAGGCUUCACUGAGAUCCCAGAGGGAGCGUUCUCUCACCUCCACUUGCUGCAGUUCCUUUUGCUGAAUUCCAACACUUUCACUGUGAUUGCUGAUGAUGCCUUUGCUGGCCUCUCGCACCUGCAGUAUCUGUUUAUUGAGAAUAAUGACAUUCGGUCGUUGUCCAAAUACACGUUCAGAGGCCUGAAGUCUUUAACACACCUAUCUCUGUCUAACAACAACCUGCAGGUCUUACCCAGAGAACUGCUCAAACACCAGGACAUCCUCACUGACCUAGACCUGAGAGGGAACUCGUUCCGCUGCGACUGUAAGAUUAAGUGGCUGGUGGACUGGAUGGAGAAAUCCAACACCUCCGUCCCGGCUAUAUACUGCGCCAGUCCCUUCGAGUUCCAGGGCCGUCGAAUCCAAGACUUAACACCACGAGACUUCAACUGCAUUAGUGCAGAUUUUGCUUCGUAUGAGACCUACCCGUUCCAGUCCCUCUCUGUAGAGUCAUACGACUUCAGCGAUGACUUGUACGUGGUGUUCGCUCAGCCCAACACGGGAAUAUGCGCCGUUUACAUCUGGGAUCACGUGAACAUGCUUUUCCGGACCCAUUACAACAUCACGUCUCGAUCUGCGGUUUACUGCAAGCCCGUGGUGAUCAACAACACACUCUACAUGGUGGUGGCCCAACUAUUCGGAGGAUCCCAUAUCUACAAGUGGGAAGAAGGCCCUUUGCAGUUUGUGAAAAUCCAGGACAUCGACGCCAGCCGUGUCCGCAAACCCAACUUCAUCGAGACGUUUCAGAUCGAAGGAGACUGGUUCUUUGCUAUAGUGGAUAGCUCCAAGGCAGGCUCCACCAGCAUCUACCACUGGAACAGUAACGGCUUCUACUCGCACCAGUCACUUAACCCGUGGCACCGCGACACACACAUACACUUCCUGGAGGUGGACGGUAAGCCUCGGCUAAUCCUCUCGAGCUCCUCGCAGCCGCCGGUGGUGUACCAGUGGAACCGUGGGUCACGCCAGUUCGUCUUCCACUCACAAAUCCCACAUGCGAGCGAUGUCCACUUGGUGAAGCACUUCUGGGCCCAUCAGUCGCUCUACCUCUGCCUAAUUCGGUUCAUCGGUGACUCGAGGCUCGUGCGCUGGGAAAGCCAACGCUUUAUAGAGAUCCAGACGAUGCCAUCACGUGGCUCAAUGGCACUACAGCCGUUCUGCGUAGGAGUGAGACAGUACCUGGUUCUGGGCAGCGAUUACUCCUUCUCGCGGGUCUACCUGUGGGACGAGCUCACACAGCGCUUCCAGCCUUUCCAGGAGCUCAACGUUUUGGCACCUCGUGGAUUUAGCCUGGUCUCCAUUGACAACAAAGACAUCCUGCUUGUUGCCAGCUUUAAAGGAAAGACUGUGGCGUAUCAGCAUCUACUGGUGGACCUCAGCGCCAAGUAACUUGAGACUAAAGAUGUUUUCAUCCAAGGAGGAUAGCUUUUGUUAAUGGGAGAUCAAUACGUUGCCCGGCUUUGGUUUCAAAUCCGGUUUAUAUGCGAUCUUUUGGACGGGUGUUUUUAAUUUCAGUCUUGUAAAAAAUCUGAAAAUUGGCUCGCAUGCUGUCUAACCCUUUAAAUAAAUCUGUCCUGGAUAUAAGCUUAUACGUUUACAAGACCUACACUCACCAUUAACUUUAUUAGGAGCAUCUGCCAAUCAGCUAAUACACAGUUAAUACAACCAGGGAGCAGCUGUUGGUGUACAGAUGCAAAGAAAAAACCGCCUUGUUGAUGUCUAUCUGAUGGGAAGGAUACAACAACUCCAGUAACCAGGCGAUGAGCAGAAAAGCAUCUCAAAAUGCACAACACUUCGAACGCUGAUGCAGAUCCAGGGCUACAAGAUCUGGACUGGAUAACUGCAUGAGGUGUACAGAUGUUCCUAUUAAAGAAGACCGUGAGACAGUCCUCGAUUAUGAAACAGCAUGGAAUAAACUUUAUGAGUCUCAGUGAAUAUAAUUUGACAGAUCUCUCCAGAAAAUAGAGAUUUGACCAAAGUAACGUACAAUUUAUAAAAAAAUAUAUAGAUAUAGAUAUAGAAAUGUUUUAGACCUUAUUGUAUAUUUGGGUCCAUACUUUUACCCAGGUUCAAGUUUUCAUUCAGUUUGUGCUUUAAGAGUUGCAGAUUUUUUUGUUAUGCAUGUGCUGUGCUAGACUAAUAACUAGAAUACUUUCUAUAUAAUCAUAACAAGAUUUGUUCAUCUACACACUUCCUCCCAUCCGGCAAGAAUGCAAAGUACAAACUUAUUGUCAUUAGACAAAAUAAAGUCUCUUCAGGGUUGUGUGUAUGACUGAGCAUGUGGAGGAACCAUGACUAAUAUGAACCGUCACAAAUGUUAUGAAUAAAUUUAUACAAUACUUUCUCA